AUGUAUGAACGAUUGAAGCUAACUGUUGAAGAGAAACAAGAGGUGGAUGUGGGCGAGGAAGAUACUCUUUUAUCUCUUGAGAAAAGUAAACAAUGCAUUGCCUUUAGUGUGAUAUCCGAUCGCGAGGUCAACAGAGGAGCUCUGAAGAAUACUAUGAUGAAAGUCUGGCAAGUGGAAGGGAAAGCAGCAAUCAAAGAGGUUGGUUGGAACAAAUUCUUGAUAGAACUGAAAAGGGCUGAUGACAAAAGGAGAAUCAUGAACGGAAGACCAUGGUCUUUUGACAAACAAUUGAUCUGUGUCCAAGACUGUGAGGAAGCCAUAUCCAUAAAAGAUAUUUUGUUUAAUAAAGAAGCCUUUUGGGUCCAAUGCCACGACCUGCCAUUCGCAGGGAUGAAUCAAAAGACGGGACAUGAAAUUGGAGCACGCUUGGGAAAGGUACUCAGUGUCAACACGGAUAGUAGUGGAGUUUGCAUGGGUGAAUUCUUACGGGUCAAGGUGCUCAUCAAUAUUUCAAAGCCUAUCUCUCGGGGAAGAUUCCUCAACAUCGGGGGGAUAAAACAUUGGAUCCCGUUCAAAUACGAAAGACUUCCAAAGUUUUGCUACCAUUGUGGAUUAAUCAAACACCCUGUCGGACGGUGCGAAAAGAAAGAGGAAGGUUUAGCCAUUGGAAAUGGUUUUGAUCAACAAUAUGGUGCAUGGUUACGAGCAAGCGGGAAGAGACAAGAAGGCACCCACUCGCCGGUGGGUAGCCCCAAAGCUCAAGGAGACCGCCCGGAAAGUCACCGUCGGGAGAAAUCUGGCCACACUCAACAAAGGGAAGCCUGGGAAGGAAACAUCAAUUGUGAUGCGGAUCUCACGGAAUCAGGAGCUGAUUCAGUGCCCAUUUCCAAAAAUAUUAAUGCUGAAAUUAAGGAGGUGGAAGAGCCAAAAAAAGACGUGAUUCUUGCUGCGGAUUAUGUGGAAGGUGAUUUGUUUUCUAACAACCUCAAUAUGGAAGGAACAGUUGGCACUCAAGAGACGGGCACACGUGAUGAACCAUCAACGCAUUCACUGGACUUUUCCCAAGGGUCAGCUAAACCAAAUCUACAGUCCAGCCCACAUAAACUAAAAUUCAAAAAGGGCCUGGCCCAAGGAAAAUCAUGGAAACCAAGAGCCCGUAUUACCCCAUUUAAACCCACUUCCCAGUCCGCUGAAGGAGAAGAAACUAUCGUUGUUCCCCUUAAGCGAAAGGAGAUUGGGGCUGAAAAAGAGGUCAGGAAGAAGCACAGAAAGCUGAUUGAUGAGGAACCCGACUUGGAUAUGGCAGAGGCUGCCGAGCAGCCCUGCCAAUCACCAUGA